ACAGCUACUGAAUGGACUCGAGCUCCGAUCAUUCUAGGAAUAUGCGCAAUGGACAUCAAAGCAAGGUCAAAAGCUAUGAGAGAGAUACUUACUAGACUGGUGGAACGAUCUCGGGGUGCUAUCGAGGUAGUAGUAUUCGGCGACAAGGUUAUCCUGGAUGAAGACGUCGAAAACUGGCCACGAUGCGACGUUCUCAUCUCAUUUUUCUCUACGGACUUCCCGCUAGAUAAGGCCAUCUCAUACGUAAAACUUCGUAACCCGUUCUGCAUCAAUGACCUCCCGCCUCAAGCUCUUUUGUGGGAUCGUCGGCUAGUCCUCGCUGUCCUCGACCAUCUUAAUGUGCCUACACCCCGGCGUCUAGAGGUUUCUCGCGACGGCGGACCGAAAAUAGACGAUGAGCUCAGGGACAUGAUGAAGGCACGGUUGGGCAUAGAACUUGGAGGAUUCCAAGUAACACCCGAAGUAUCUCUCAGCGAAGAUGGAGAUUCCAUUAUCAUUGACGGUCAAGUGAUGGAGAAGCCGUUUGUGGAAAAGCCGGUCAGUGGAGAAGAUCACAAUGUCUAUGUAUACUUCAAAGGAGGUCAAGGCCGCCGCCUGUUCAGAAAAAUAGGCAAUAAGUCCAGCGACCUGGACCCGAAUCUAAGUCAUCCUCGGACAGACGGAUCGUACAUAUACGAACAAUUCAUUGACGUAGAUAAUUCGGAGGAUAUCAAAGUAUACACUGUAGGCAAGGAUUAUACUCACGCGGAGACCCGGAAGUCCCCCGUGGUCGAUGGUGUCGUUAGACGAAAUACUGAGGGCAAGGAAAUCCGUUUUAUCACCCAUUUGAGUGAUGACGAGAAGUUGUGGGCAGCCAAGAUUUCUGAAGCCUUUGGACAACGCGUCUGUGGAUUUGACAUGCUUCGAUCUGACAACGGUCGGAAAAGCCAAGUUAUUGAUGUUAACGGUUGGAGUUUUGUGAAGGGCAACGAAGGUUACUACGACAAAGCUGCCGAGAUCCUGGCGGGGCUUUGUCUGUCAGCCUCUCCGUCUCCGUCGCGUGCACUCGUGACAGAGUCGACCACUCAGGAGUCUUCCACGUGGCUCCUUAAAGCCAAUGUAACGGUAUUCCGACAUGCCGACCGCACGCCAAAACAGAAGCUCAAGUUCAACUUCCCCAUUGGCGAAACUUGGACACAGCCGUUCGUCCGGUUACUCAACGGCGAGACAGAGGAGAUCAUAUUGCGGGAGAAGGAGCAGCUGAGCCUGAUCGCUGUUGCUAUUGAAGAAGCCAAAGCUCUUGGCGCUGUGGGCGAGGAUCUGACAAAGCUCACUCAGCUGAACAAUGCCCUCUUCAGCAAGAUUGAGUUCCCAGGGACUAAGGCACAAUUGAAGCCCGUCUAUUCCAAGAAGCAGGCAGGCCAGACGCGGAGCCUCACGAAGCUCACAUUGGUGUUCAAAUGGGGUGGUGAGUUCACCCAUUCUGCCAGGUAUCAAUCUCGGGAUUUGGGCGAAAACAUGAAGAAGGAUAUAUCAAUAAUGAAUAAGGAAGUUCUCAAUAACGUGAAGAUAUACACUUCUUCGGAACGUCGUGUCGUCGCGUCCGCCGAGAUUUUCGCGACUGCCCUUUUCGAUAGCAACCAAGGAUACGGGUCCGGAUCGACGGCGAGCUCGCGAUCAUCAACUGACGGCGGAUCCAGCUCCUUCUCAGCCAGGAGUUCUCAGCAUCAAUUGAGCAAACCGAAACAACCCCCCGUUCUCAUUGUUCGCAAGGACUUGCUGGACGAUUCCAACGCUGCCAAAGAUCUUAUGGACGAUGUAAAGAAGCGCUUGAAGAUCCUACUUAGGCCCGGUGAACCAGAGAAACGGCCUGAGCUGACGUGGCCCAAGGGUAUGAAAAAGGAACCGGUGGAAGUAGUGAAGGAAGUCAUAGAGCUUCUAAGUUCAUUCCGGGAUAUCAUGAGAAAGAACUGGGAGACCCUCGACGUGGACAAGCUACAGGAACGAUGGUGUUGUGGCGACGAACCUUGGCUAUUUAGGGAGCGUUGGGAAAAGCUCUUCGAAGAUUUCUGCGAUGUAAAGCAGGAGAAGUUCGAUCCGUCUCGUGUGUCUGAACUUUAUGACACCAUCAAGUAUUGCGCCCUGCAUCACAGGACGUUCUUGUUCGCUAUCUUCGACGAGAAUGGUGGUAAAGACGGGCCGAGUGAUCGCAGACUUCACGAGCUAUAUAGUCGCGCGAAGGCUCUUUUUGACUUAGUUGCUCCCCAAGAGUACGGCAUCGAGCCACACGAGAAGGAAGAAAUCGGAGUACUGACCUCACUACCCCUGCUCAAAAGAGUGGUCGAUGACUUGGAGACAGCCAGGAACAACGGAAAUAGUUCUCUGACACUCUACUUCACUAAAGAAAGCCAUAUCCACACCCUGGUAAACCUUGUUCUGUUGUCCGGCUUGCCCAUUGCCAACCGGCGAAUUCCGGAACUCGACUAUUGUUCGCAUAUAACGUUUGAGCUUUAUGAGCGUAACCAUGGACGCGGGAAAUCCGACAAAGAAUAUUCUAUCAAGCUGUCCCUAAGCGAAGGCGCUCACUCGUCAAAUGUCCUCGAUUCCGCUCUGGACGCCCGCCAUUCUUUGAAUGUUCAGCCACGCAGGAAACUAACGCAGCACUUGCCCUACAGUCUCGUCAUAGAGAAGCUCUCCAAGCAUUUUGGGCGAUUACAGAAGGACGACGACAUUCCCGAACCAGGCGCAGAGACAUUGCACACUUUGGGAAGUCCGAUUGCUGUCGACAGCGCAGCAGACGAUGAUUUAUGAAGGGUGUCAAGAUGAGGGAGUCAAGUUCAGAUGCCCCACGGACGGUUACAAGAGGAGAUUGUAGCAUAGCAUUCACUGCCCUGAUGAACACCAUAAUCCGGAUGUAUAUUAGCUCGCGUAAUCCUGUACAAGUGUAUGUAAUACAUAUACAAAAAGGCAUCCACGGCAUGCCAUUCACGAUAUACUGUUACCUGACUCUAAGAGGAGUCCUCAUUCCACGGC